CGGUAUGUUAGCGGAGCAGGAGGGGAGGGCUGUCCUAGCGACCCGUACCGGGAUUUGGCCCGUAAGGGUGGGAGGGAUGGUGUCACGACAAGGGGUGGCGGAGUACGGCAUGCGCUCGUACUUGUACUAGUACCGCACCGGAAAAAGGUAAUGGCAGCGUUACAAGUACAAGGGGCGGGGAUAAUAAAGUCCCACUAUCCACGAUGUGCCGGUCUCUCCCAGCUUGUCGGGACCUCGAUGCCAGUAUGGUGGGAUUACUGGUUCCGGUAUUAAGGGACGCGGGAAGGCCCGAAUCCCCGGGGUAGUGGGCGAAGCCGGGGCUUAAUCCCAAGUAGUCUUCGUCCCGGCGCGACUUAUGUACGGCUAUCACAUCGUCACAUAAUGGCGCCCAUCCGGAACCGCCAGGUUUUUUUAUCAUAGUGGAAAUACCCUCGAGUACCGUAGUCGAGGCGGGGGGUGGCUGGCAUGGGGGAAUGGAAAGAAAAAGAAAAGAAGGGAAAAGAAAGGAGGGAAGGGAAAGGGAGGAAAUGUAAAACAACUGACCCGGGAGCCUGGAAUCGAAUUUCUUAUUUCCCCAUCAUCUCUUAAUGAUUGGCGGUUCUCGGCAAAUGAUUCUC